AUGGACAAAACUGGCAAGAUCAACAAGAAACGUCUUGAUGAUGAUUCUGAAGACAGCUAUUACGAAGUCCAGCUAGAAGACAUAAUAACACAGGCGAAGCCUGAGGACCAAAUUUCAAGAAGCUCAUUAAGCAUAUACUCAUUUGUCAAGUUUCUCCAUUCAUUUUGUUCAUGCUUAAAAGUAUCCACAAAAAAGCCUCAAAAAAUAACAGAAAAGUUUGUUUUACUCCCACCAAAAGAUUUUCAGUCAAAAAUAGCCAAAACCCUUGUGUUAGAUUUGGAUGAAACCUUAGUGCAUAGCUCAUUAAAACCUGUCAACAAUCCAGAUAUGGUUAUUCAAAUAGAAGUUGAAGGAAUAACAAGCUUGAUUUAUGUCAAGAUUCGGCCAGGAGUUUCUGAAUUUUUGGCUAACUCCCCCCCUCCGUGUGUGAACAAAAUAUAAAUUUUAUAACAAAAAUUUUUUUCGAAAUUUUAAAAAAAAAAUCCUAAUUUGCAAAAAAUUGGGAAGCAAAUAUUUAAUUUAAUUUAUAAAAUUUAUGUUUUAAAACGCAAUUUGUUUAAAUUAAAUAGAAUUAGCUCGAGAUUUCAUUUCUAAUUAUCACUUAUAUAUCAAUUUUUUUUUCAUAAAAAUUUUUUUCUAUUAAAAAAUUUUUGUUCACUCACGGAGGGUGUUUUUUUGGGCAAAAAAUAGGGAUUUUUCUAAUGGUUUUGUUCACUCAAGGAGGGGGGAGUAAGGUAUCAAGGCUCUAUGAAAUUGUGCUGUUUACUGCAAGCUUAUCUAAAUAUGCAAACCCAGUGAUAAACAAGCUAGAUCCAGAUAAUUAUAUAAGCUCAAGGCUGUUUCGUGAAAAUUGCGUCAUAUAUAAUGGAAAUUAUGUGAAGAAUUUAAGCCAGCUGGGAAGGAAUGUAAAAGAUGUAGUUAUUGUGGAUAACUCUCCGAUUGCAUAUUCCAUGCAUCCAAAUAAUGCUGUUCCAAUCAAAUCAUGGUUUGAUGACGAAUAUGAUAAAGAACUUGGGAAAAUUAUUCCAAUUUUGGAAAGUUUAUCAAGAGUUGAAGAUAUUCCUUCAGUGAUUCAAGAUUUGAAUCAGAGAAAAAUAAAGCUAAGCCCGAAAAAUAUUUUGAAUUUGCCGAAAACUGUCCAGCAGCAAGUCGAACUUUCUGGACCAAAAACAUACAGAGAAGAAGAAAGAAGCUUCUUCAAUUCCCCAAUGUAUAAAUCGACUUCUGAAAAAGUGUUCAGAUUUGAAACUAACUAA